CUCACCCCCAAACUUUCUGUUGUCGGACGGCAUUGGACCACCUUAUUGGACAGCACUCUCUUCCCCGGAAGGGAUUCAUGUACUGCAGCCCAGCUCGCGUCCAAUAGUCGCAACCCGUCCUUUAAAGUUUGCUCAACUCGCGCUGAGAAUUGCAACUGCUGCAUUGUUUACGCAAUGUCAGGCAAUACGAUGAGAGGGACGCCCAAUCGUGGCCAGUCCCGCGGAGCCAUCCCCUUCACUGGCAGCCCCGCCAACUCGAACAUCCCAAGACCCGUGCUCGAGACCGCUCAUGCAAGCACCAGCAGCGAGGCCGGUGCAUCUAGCCUCAGUGCCAGCAGGCAAAAGCAGACCAAGAGAGACGAGGCCAUCCGCCGCAAGAUGGAAAAUGACCUCUCCAAGAAGAAGAACCUCACGAGCCGUGCUCGACACUCCCGAAAGGCUCCUCCCGGCACCGUGCUUGCACUGAAGCCCAGCCAAGCCCUCCAGAUCAAGCCGGCCACAACCGUAGCCGAGGCUGCCCAGCUAAUGGCUGCGAAGCGGGAGGACUGCGUCCUGGUAACCGAUGACGAUGACAGGAUUGCCGGCAUCUUCACAGCCAAGGACUUGGCCUUCCGGGUCGUGGGCGCCGGCCUCAAAUCAAACAGUGUCACCAUUGCCGAAAUCAUGACGAAGAAUCCCCUGUGUGCCCGGACGGAUACGAGUGCGACGGAUGCCCUAGAUCUCAUGGUCCGCAAGGGAUUCCGGCAUCUUCCCGUCAUGGACGAGAACCAGGACAUCUCGGGCAUUCUGGAUAUCACAAAAUGCUUCUACGACGCCAUGGAAAAGCUGGAGCGGGCUUAUUCCUCCUCCAGACGGCUAUAUGAUGCCUUGGAGGGAGUUCAAUCCGAGCUCGGGACCAGCCAGCCGCAACAGAUCAUCCAGUAUGUCGAGGCCCUGCGAUCCAAGAUGUCUGGGCCGACGCUUGAGUCCGUCUUGAACGGCAUGCCUCCCACGACUGUCAGCGUGCGCACCUCAGUCAAGGAGGCGGCGCAGUUGAUGAAGGAGAAUCACACAACGGCAGUCUUGGUCCAGGAUCAGGGGGCUAUUACGGGUAUCUUCACCAGCAAGGAUGUCGUUCUGCGUGUGAUUGCGCCGGGCCUCGACCCUGCGACCUGCAGUGUUGUCAGGGUCAUGACGCCGCACCCAGACUUUGCACCCGUGGAUAUGACCAUCCAGGCUGCUCUCCGCAAGAUGCACGAUGGCCACUAUCUGAAUCUCCCAGUGAUGAACGAGUCAGGCGAGAUCGUCGGUAUGGUCGAUGUUCUCAAGCUCACCUAUGCGACGCUUGAGCAGAUCAACACCAUGUCCAGCGGUGACAGCGAAGGACCUGCAUGGAACAAAUUCUGGCUGUCCCUCGAUCAUGAAACCGAGUCUAUGGUGUCCGGCGACGGCUCCUUCCAGCACACGCAUCCAGGGCCUCGCUCCCUCAUGUCUCCCGACAUUACUCGGAGUGAACGCAUCGUUGAUAGUCUGGCCCCGGGCGACUCGGCCAGCCACGCAGGGGCCGAGUCUCCCCCGCAUAGUGCCCUCGCCCCCGUUCUCGAGCUGCCACCGAGCGAAGUGCCGUUCCCGUUCAAAUUCAAGGCUCCGAGUGGCCGGGUGCACCGCCUCCAGGUCACCGCAGCUCAGGGUAUCGCCGAGUUUGUUGCGAACGUGAUGUCCAAGCUCGGCUCCGAGGUGGAUGCCAUUGGCGGCGCUCCCUUUGUCGAAGAUGGCAAGCUUGGGCCGGGCGGCUGUGCUCUCAGCUACCUCGACGACGAGGGCGAUUCUGUCUCCAUCACCACCGACCAGGACCUCCUGGAGUCCAUCCUCCUCGCACGCCAAAACGGUCGGGACAAGGUCGACCUCUUCGUGCACGACCCAGAGAAGCCUCCGACGGCGCCUCAGCCGGCCGCUCCCGCGCCCGAGGCCGUCCCACUCCCAACCCCUCCCGCAUCAUCGAUUGUGCGCGAGCGACGCAAGGCUUUGAGCGACGACGAAGAGCUGGACGAGGAUGAGGACGAGGACGAUUCGAGAGUGCGGAGGUCCCGCAGGACGCGCACGGCAGCACCGCCGGCCCAAGAGCAGGUCAUUGCCGGCGUCCCUAACGAGCUGCUGCUCCCUGGCGCCGUUGUUACGCUAGCAGUCGUGAUUGUCGGCGUGUUCGCCAUCUCGAGGGUGUCCAGCCGAUAAUGGGGACGGGAAUCCGAUAUCAAACCUUUCUGGCCGCGGGGACUAGGUAAUGCUGUCGAGGAGAUCGGCUUAGAGCGACUUGAUUUUAUUGGGGGGUUCUUAUGUAGGUGUAUAUCACUAGCCGUCUAUAAAUUAAUACGUUUCUUUCUUCCUCCCUAUCUACUUCCAGUUUCUGUGUCUUUUGUCGUCUACAUAUAAGUCUCACCAGGCUUGAUGUGCCGGUUUACAUACCCCUGAAGUGGAGCCCAUCGGGUGCAGGACCGGGC